AUGUCCGAGGAGCCCGCUACCAAGAAAGCCAAAGUAGCGUGGAAUUUGACUGAUCCAACGGAGCCUCUUGCUCGCAAAGAUGUGAUCGCUUUUCAGAAAGAAGCUCUAUUUCGAGCACUUAAUAAGCACCGCUCGCGCGCCGAGAGUUUUGAGAAGCAGCUGGCUCAGGGACAUGAGGAUCUGUUGUCUUUGCGAGAGCAAUUUGCGCGUGUGUGCGGGGCGCUGGCCGUCGUGGCCGCCAAGUUAUCUGACUUAUGUCGGGACGACCCUGCUGCCUACAAACUGUGCCAAAGCAUUGCAGAGGGCGUGGAAACGGACGUAUCGGCAGUAGGGGACGAAUUGGCAGUUCUGGUAGACAAAUAUGUGGGUCGGAACUCCGCAGACUCUAGUUUAGCGUCGCACCUGCAUGCUUCCGAAGUUGCAAAGAAAUCGCUCUCGACACAUAAUGAACAGCUACAGAGGGAAGUGGAGGCGGUUCGGAGCUACUACGAGUCACUUAUUCACAGUUAUGAUCGCGAAGAUAGUGAAACGAUCAAGCGGAUUUUUAAGAUCAAGGACGAGGACCACGAAAGCGAAUCGAAGCGCUUCAAAGACUCUCCCGAGUCCCAAGCUGUGCAAAUCGUCGCGAAGACAAACGAUGAAGUAAAAUCAGAAGCGUCCGAACGUACAGAUGUGGUUACAACUCUCGAGCACGAAUUGCAACUAAAGGAACUCAAUGAUCAGAUCGACACCCUGAGGGCCACUAUUGAAGAGCUAGAGAACUGGAAGACACAGCGUGAGAACGAGAUCACCAAGCUUCGAACUGAACUAGCUGCUGUGCCGAGACCCAGCCAUGGUCACCCAGCAGAUGGGGAGCCAGAUCGGGAGGAACUUCUGCGUCGACUUGAGAUGCUCACUGAGGAAAAUAAUGCGCUCACUCAAACCAACAGUGCGUUUUUAAGCAAAUUUCAAAAACUGGUGCAGGAGAAAGAGGUCUUCACUAAUAAAUUGACUAAUGAAUUUCAAACUGCGCAAGAAGCAUUGAAAAAGCACAAUGACAUGCUAGAGAAAGAUCUGGUCAGAAUAAGAAGCACCAGAGACGAAAUGAGUGGCAAACUGGCGAUACUUGAGAGUCAAAAAUCCAAAUCGGAAAUUCUAGACGAUCUGCAAAAGGUAAUAGAUUUACAGAAGGAGCGUGUCAUAAAGCUAGAUAAUAAACUGGAAGAGCCUUCCAAGGAUGCACUAACUAAAGAAUUACAAGAUCUUGAACGUGCUUUCCGAGAAUUAUCCCAAUUCGCGCAUAAGAAGUACUCUGAACAUUUAACUCAAGAGAAUAUCGUCUCUAAGUUAACAGUGGAGAAGUCUAAGGCUGAUCAAAAAUAUUUUGCUGCUAUGAGGUCUAAGGAUUCCAUUUUGAUCGAAAAUAAAAAUCUCUCCAAGAACUACAGUAAGUCUAACGAACUGAUUGCACAGUUGAAGGACAUAGAACGCACACUGCAGAGCAAGGUUGAAAGUCUCAACAAGCAGAUUCAUUUCCAUGAAAACAAUGAGAAAAGACUUCUUGAUGCCAACAAAAGUACAUCUGCUAAACUCAUGGACUUAACUUCUGCGUUAGGUAAGUCUAAAAGAGCCAAUGAGUUUUUGUCACAGGAGAAGGCCAAGUUUAUUGGACAAAUCGCUGCUUUAGAGUCACAAAAUCACUCAUCCCAGACUGAGUCCAAGGCUUUGAAGUUGCAGCUUUCACAGGCGCACGCCAAAGCCGCGAAAUUGCAUAAGUUCUUGGCGUCCAGCGGAAAUAGCGAUAGUUCCGUACUCACAGAGGAACUGGAAAAUUUCAGAACCAUCGUUUAUUGUUCACUAUGCUCUAAAAACUGGAAAAAUACUGCCAUUAAGAAUUGUGGCCAUGUGUUUUGUGAUCAAUGCUGUAAAGAAAGACUAGCAGCUAGAAUGCGUAAAUGUCCGAUUUGCAGGACACCAUUCGGUGCACCAGAUUUAUUGGAUCUUCAUAUGUGA